CAGAGUGCAGGUCAUUUGUUUCCAAUGGAAUUUCUUGACAUGAUGCUUUGCGUGUCGCCAUUUUGUUUUGUUUUUAUUCGACUAACUUGUAUCGUAAGAUCAUCGUUCAAGCAAAUAGUUUAAUAAACUAUCUGUUCAAGUAUGGGUUGUGAUGGGGGAACAAUACCGAGAAGAGAUGAACUAGUAAGAGUAAAGAAAAGACCAGAACAGAUUGAUAAAGAUGCAGAAACUGUGGCCAAAUGGCAACAUUGUGCUAUCAGUCAAGAGAAGCUUCGUCCACCAAUUGUUUCUUGUGAUUUGGGAAGAUUGUAUAAUAAAGAAGCAGUUAUUGAAUAUUUAAUUAAGAAAGAACCCAUUUGUGAAGUUGCUAAACAUAUUCGUAGUCUGAAAGAUAUUAUAGAAAUCAAUUUGACAGAAAAUAGUGGAUAUAAACAAAAGUUAGCUGAUAAAGGUGAUGAAUAUGUAGAUAGACAAGCUUCACGUUAUAUAUGUCCAGUUGUUGGUUUAGAAAUGAAUGGAAAACAUAAAUUUUGUUAUUUAAGACAAUGUGGAUGUGUUUUAUCAGAUCGAGCAUUAAAAGAAGUAAAAUCUGAAGUCUGUCAUAAGUGUGGAACAAACUUUACAGAAGAAGAUAUAAUUGUGAUUAAUGGAAAUGAUGAAGAAGUUGCCAUUUUAUAUGAAAAGAUGAAAGAGAAAAGAUUGAAACAAAAGGCGGAAAAGAAAACAAAUAAGCGAAAGUCUGAGAAUAUAGUUAAAAGUGAAGAAAAGAAACCUAAGAAUGUAAUUGAUGGUUCCAUUCCUUCUACAUCAAGUCAGCAAAAUGAAUCUGUGAAGAUUACAGAAAAAGAAAAGGUAAAUGUGGUAAAGCCAUCUACAAAAUGGAUCCUGCCAAACACUGCCAAAUCAAAUUAUAGUGUGGCAAAAGAUCCGAAAAUGUCGGAGACCUACAAGUCAAUCUUCACUUCUCACAAAUCGGCACAGAAUAAACCUCAGGCACACUGGGUCACUCAUAAUCCAUUGUAUUAUUAAUUUAAAAAUCUUAUAUACAUUUGGUUGUAAAAUAUAAAAUAAAUAUUAUUUACAUAAUUUUUAA